GCAGCGCUAUGGAGGCCGGGGAAGAGAAGGAGCGACGAGAGCGAAGAUAUAUGAAUCGCGUUUUGUCAAGACCCGUUCUGCUAUCGUUCUUGCUCCUGCUUCACUUUCAACAUGUCUCAUCACUGAGAUCGUUGUCUCGAUUGUCUCUGAGUGCCAGAAACGAAGUUGUUCGUGGGAACAUCAGAAAAUUGUCAAGCACGUCUGAAUUUGCGAGGAAGGAUUAUGUAGCAAGGCUCCGAGGAGGAAAAGACAUUCCGAUCGACAUGCAAAUUGUGCAUUGGUUGACGCACUCAAGGGGUGGUCAGCUCAUCGCUGUCGUCAUGUUCGCCUGUGGCGUAUACAUGAUUCCAGCAUUGCCGAGGAUCAAAUCGGUCAGCCCCAUCUACAUCAGACAGUUUAAGAUUGGGGUUGUUCUGUUGGUAGCCGGCACUCUGCUUUUCUUGGCAGGUCCGGUGAUCAAGCACUAUCUUGGCGCGUGGUCGAUGGGCUUCAUGCCGUUGUCGCACUCGAUCAUGAUGGCUGGGGGGGUUUUCAUCUGGGCGGCAGUUGGAGAGGCGAUUGCAGAUGCAAGGGAUGAGCAACUGGAUGAUGAAACCAGAGACCCGAAUACAGACACCUUUUCAUCCAACUACAAGCUGAUUGGAUGAGAUUAUUGUUACUUUAGAAUACUUGAUUGUUUCUCUGUGAAUAGCAUGAACCUUC